AUGGUGCAACAUCAGCGAUUUACGGCGGACGGCUUGAACUCCGUUGUUGCUGACGCCAAAGUGUCGCUUGUCGAUGAGAAACGCGGAGGCGUUGAUCUGACGUCCGGUGUGAUUCGUCGCUUGCCCGCGAAUGUCAGAUAUCCGGAUGAUCUGGUGCCUGGCACGAGGAUGAUCGGCAUUGCAGCUGCUCCAUCCCUGAAACUCCUUAAUGAACUUGUUGAAGCUGUUCUCGCCGGUCAGAAAUCUACCCAGGAUGUCGACGACAUUCACCACACUGUUCGUAGUCAGGCCGGCUUCGACAACAUGUGCUACGCCGUUAGAGGUAUCUUUGAUAUUCGUGGGCGUCUACGGGACAAACAUGGCGAGCUCGCAGCGGAUAUGCCAAAGGGAGCAGCAGUGGCCUUGACAAGCUGCAGGUCAUGCGGGACGUUGCGUAAGAUGUUGUCAGUGACGUUCGGAUUGAUGGCGCAAUUUCAACUAUCGCAAGCACUUGGAUAG